GCCACCGCCAGCAGCCGCUGUAACCUCCCCGUUCCCCGGGGCCGGCGCGUCCCUCCUUCCCCUGCUGGCCGGGCGAGGUGUUUCCCCGCGGGGGCGCGGACCGGCCGCCCGGGGCCCGAGAUGUGACCAUGGACAGCAGGAUCAAGCAAAAUCCAGAAACUACAUUUGAUUUGGUACUCAAGGUAAAAUGCCAGGCUUCUGAAAAUGAAGAUCCGGUGGUACUGUGGAAGUUCCCGGAGGACUUCGGAGACCAGGAGAUGCUGCAGAGUGUGCCGAAGUUCUGCUUUCCCUUUGAUGUUGAAAGGGUGUCACAAAAUCAAGUAGGACAGCACUUUACCUUUGUGCUUACAGACAUUGAAAGCAAACAAAAGUUUGGAUUUUGCCGGUUAACAUCAGGAGGCAAAGUCUGCCUCUGUAUUGUAAGUUACCUGCCAUGGUUUGAGGUAUACUACAAAUUGUUAAAUACUCUGGCAGAUUAUUUGGCUAAAGAACAGGAAAAUGACUUGAAUGAUAUGUUAAAAUCACUGUAUAGCCACCCUGUGCCAAAGGCAAACACUCCUGUCAGUUUAAACGUGAAUCAAGAGAUGUUUUUUGCAAGUGAGCAAGUUCUGAAAAAUCAGCCGUACCUAGUAUCGCAUUCGUACUUCAUUACUCCUGAUCUAACUGGAUUGCCAACAAUCCCAGAAAGUAGAAAUCUUACAGAAUAUUUUGUUGCUGUGGAUGUGAACAACAUGAUGCAACUUUAUGCCAGUAUGUUGCAUGAGAGACGAAUCAUUAUUAUCUCUAGCAAACUAAGCACUUUAACUGCUUGUGUUCAUGGGUCAGCUGCAUUGUUAUAUCCAAUGUAUUGGCAACACAUAUACAUCCCAGUGCUUCCUCCACACCUUCUGGACUACUGCUGUGCACCGAUGCCCUAUCUAAUUGGAGUUCACUUAAGCUUAAUUGAAAGAGUAAAAAAUAGAUCACUGGAGGAUGUGGUUAUGCUAAAUGUUGACACAAACACUCUAGAAAACCCAUUUAAUGACCUGAACAACCUACCUAGUGAAGUGGUCUCAGCCUUGAAAAAUAAACUGAAGAAGCAGUCUACAGCUACGGGCGAUGGAGUAGCUAGGGCCUUCCUUAGGACACAGGCAGCAUUGUUUGGAUCCUACAGAGAUGCACUAAGAUACAAACCUGGAGAGCCUAUUACUUUCUGUGAGGACAGUUUUGUGAAGCAUCGUUCCAGUGCUACCAAACAGUUCCUGGAAACUGCAGUGAAUCUUCAGCUUUUUAAACAGUUUAUUGAUGGUCGACUAGCAAAGCUAAAUGCAGGAAGAGGGUUCUCAGAUGCUUUUGAAGAAGAGAUCACUUCUGGAGGCUUCUGUGGAGGAAAUUCAAAAUCUUACCAGCAGUGGGUGCAUACAGUAAAGAAAGGAGGUGCACUAAUCAACACAGCCAUGACCAAAGCCAGCCCUGCUGUGAAGACAGCAUACAAAUUUGCAAAAAGUCAUGCAAAGCAGGGAAUAAAAGAAGUGAGGAGUAAGUUAAAACACAAGGAGAGUGAUGAAGAAUAUGGAACUUGUAGCUCUGGUGUACUACAGUGUGCACCAGUGUACACAUUACACAAUCAGAAAAGAGGAAAUUCAGAAAAACGAAGACUUGCCCAGACACGUUUCAACCAACAUCUUCCCAAUGUCAGCAAUCAUGAUUCUGCCCUGGAUGACGAUGAUGAUGAUGAAAUGGACAGAACAAGCAAGUUAUCGUCUGAAGACAGCGAGGAAGCUUCCACUUAUUUUUAUGAUAGUGACGAUUCUGGUGAAACAGGAGUAAAGUCUUAUCACACAGGCGAAAUGGACUUGCUGGGAGAGAUUUUGGACACGCUGAGCACACACAGUUCAGAUCAAGGAAAACUCUCAGGAGCAAAGAGCCUCGAUUUCUUUAGAUCAAUGGAUGAUAUUGAUUAUAAGGCUAUGAACAAGUCUAGUGCACCUAGUGAGAGCAACCUCGCUCUGCUCUGUAGUGGUACUAAUGAUCCAGUGGAGUGGAAUCUUGGUCAGGAUGAUAGUGUUCUCCAUGGGAAACAGCUCCCUCCAUCGCCAAGGAAGCAAGUUGAUUUUAGUGACCAGAUGGAAUCUGUCUCUGUGCUGCAGGAGGAAAAUAGUGACAAAAUCCUUAGUGCUGACCAUGUGGAUUUCCCUAAAGAUUUUGUAAAGUCAUCUUCUCCAACACGAUCAGUUGUACAACUCGCUUCUCUGGAAUUUUCCCAAGCAGAUGACUCCUUCCAUAGGAAGAUAAAACCGAAUGAAACACUAAGCAAUAUCUCAGAGGAUCAGCUCCCAGUGAACCUCUGUCAACAUCCAUCCAUUCUAAUUCCUUGGCAAAAAGAAGGGGAUGAAGGAAAGGAAACCCUAGAAGAAAGCGGGCUUCUUCGUGAAGUUGUGUCAUUAUGUAAAAUGACCUCUGCUUUCCACCACAGUUUAAACAUUUCAGAGGAUCAUUACUCCAGUAAUAGCAGUGGAAAUAAAGCAUAAGGGAACUUUGAGAAGAGAAACUACUUCCAUGAGAGGUUAGAGAGAGAUUACUCAGGAGUCCACGUAAUACAUGAUAACCAAAAGAUCACAAAGGAAUAAUUACUUUUACAUUUUAAAAUACUUCUGUUUGUUUAGUACAUGGAUUUAGACAUCUGCUUAUAUGUUUCUCAGUUAAUUCAUUGGCUGCGUUUAAGUCCACAAGAUGGAACUAAAUAUACUAAUGCACUCUUAAAUCAGGUACUAGUUUGUAUGUAUGUGAAAUAUACAACUGGUGCAUGGUGCUUACUAAUGUUCCUUUGUGCAUAUAUCCAGAUACCGAAGGUACUGUAUUAACCCUGUUGGGCAUGAAAUGAACAAAACAGUUUAAAUUUUCCAGAAAAUUACAAAUAUCGAUGUUUGUAAUGAUUUAAUUGCCUUAAUCAUUUGGGAAAAGGUUUAAAUAUCUUACAAGAUGACUUGCAAACAUUCAGAAGAGCAAUAAUGAUUUUCCGUGGCAGGUAUCUGCUUGAGCAAAGGGGAAAAAGACCUUUUCUAAACUAAAAGAUCUCUUGUCAAUAAUAGGGACCUUGUUAUAAACAGAAACUGUGGCCAUGUCUUCCAGACCUUGAAAAGAUGGUGCAUUCUUUUCUCUUAUGAAGUGCUGAAUUAUAAUGUGAAGUUACUUAACUUCUGUUUACAACUAAGGCACUUUAAAGACAUAUUAUCCAGUGUCUCAAUGUAGAUGUUUUCAUCUAUGAAUUUUCAGAAAGGAAAGUGUAAGUGAAAUUGAUAGAUUUUAUUGCUGUUUUUUAAAUUUCUACAAUUUAAUAAUUCUGUACUAAAAUUAAUUUGUGCCACUGCUGACCAUGACCAUUUGAUUUUUACAAGCCCCCUUUAAAAGAAACAUUAAAUUAUUGCUUUUCUUCUUAGGAGUUUUGUUUAGUUGAGCUGUGCAGUAUUUUAAAGAGCAGUGAAUGAAGAUUACUUAUAACACUAGACAUCAAAUUGGUUCAGCUAUUAAGAAUGCAAAUUACAAGGAAGGGAAUUAAAUGGAUGCUGCAUGUACUGUAUUUAGGCAUGAAUGUUUAUCCCCCUUCGAGCAUGUAGCAUUCCUAAAGGAUAUUUCUACAUUUAAAAUUCAAAUAGUAGAUUCCUCCCUGAGUGGAGCACAUCUCUUCAUUGUCCUUGUCCACCCGUCUUUGUCCCCUGCCCUCUGUGGAUCAGAAUGAGUACUUUCUGGGGUGAACUUUCUGGGGUACUUUCUGGGGUACUUUCUAGGCCUAAAAUGGCAACUUUGAAUACUGUCUAUUGGCGUGUGUAACACAAAGCAAGGAGUAACAGGAUUUGGCAUUGCGAGGAAUGCUCUCCCACUCUUCCUCACCAACAGCAGGAAUCUUCUUCUGUGGCAAGGACGGCUUAGUGGUAUCUUCAGCACAGACCAGGGAGAGCAAGUUGAAGAAGUUAGGGGUUAGGGGCAGAUUGGGCUGCAGUACUUUGGUAGUGGAUCACUGCACAGGUUAACACCAGUUGUCAUGUUUGGGUUUACAAAGAAAGUUUCCUCUUGGCUAAUGCAAUUUGGCUUUUCUUUUCCUGUUUUAUCACCAUGAGCAUCAGGCAAUUGGUUAUGUCAGGUGGCUCAAGGGAAUUGGUGUGUGAUCCCUUUGGGGAGGUUGCGGGGCGGUGGCUGUUUGAUGCUCUGCCCAUGAGAUCUAGUGUCUAAUACUAUCUUGUCAUUUCACAUGACUUUGUUGGCAACAUCCCUGGCAUUGUAAAAGAAGGUCUUGUAUCCCAAACUACAGACUCUGGAUGGGAGAAAAGGAGCAGGGAGGCAGAUUUUAGCAACACCACUGGUGAGGAUGGGCCGCAUGACUGGGUAAUGGUAUGAGGCCCCUCCACCAAAGUGCCCCGUUUUACGUACAAAGGAAAAGGUCAGGACUCACAAUUCAUAAUAUAAUGUCCUUGGGUGAUUAGAACAUGAAAGUUUUUAUAGAUGUGUUCAGUGUAUAUUUCUAAAGAGGACCUCAGCAGCUUAUUGGUGCUGAGGAUGAUUGUACGAUUUGCAUCUUGAUCUGUCUUAGGGUUUUCUGUAGUACAUAUCACCAUAGUCCCUGAGAUGGUGGGAGUCUUUAUUUGUGUUAUCCCAAAAAGUGGCACUUGGCAAAGCUGUGUUUGAGUUACCGAGGACCAAAAUCAUUAACCCAUAAACUAUUAAACAUUUUAGCUGGGUUUUCAGAUAUCAAGAAAUAGGAAGUGUCAGGUCUGAACAGUGUUUAAAUGGGGGAGCUCGAAGGAAAACACAGGAUGUUGCAGGAGGUGGUACAGGGAAUCGGGAAGUGGCAUUUGUAUUUGAUGGUCCUGAAUCAGUACCCAAGUGGGUUAUGCAGUGCUGUUAGGGGCAUUUAGGAUAAGACAGGAAAAAGAAAAGUCCUACCAAUCUCUUAGCACUUCUCGUUUGAUUGCUACUCUGAUAACACUAGAAAAAUGAAAUGUUCAGUUGCAUUCUUAUUUGUGUAACUGCAUUUUGCUAACCUUAAUUCCCAGAUUCAACUGAGUACAGUAUUCUUUUCCUAUUGUGUGGUGUUCCUGUGUACAGUCCCACCCUUGAGAAGGCAGCUUUCCUUUAUAGGUUUAACAGGGUUGCCACUCUCUGGUAGUGUGCCUUCUUGCAUAUAGGUCAGAGAAAGUCGCUCUUGCUGCAUUGGGUGCCCCCUUGCCACUCAUUGCUUGCUCUGCAAUAGCCCUUCUUCAAAUAACUUGCCCCUCUGGCUAGGUUACCAUUUAGUCCACCCCUCCUGGUGGGCUUACAAAGUCCAACAGGACAACUGCCCAGAUGCCACUGCCAGACACAUUCAGCCCUCCUCGGGCUCUGUGCCACUAUACCAGUGGCAGGCAGGGGAAUGCGGAGCCACCUGUUAUAUCAGGUUCCAGCUUAGCGACCUUAUAAUGAGCAAUCCAGGUCCUCAUUCCCAUUCCCUGGCACUGUUUCCCCAGUCUCCUUCCUACCAAGCCUCCGUAUCUUCUCUUUCCUGGUUCUCAGUUUACUACUGGAGCCUACUGUACUCCCCAUGGCUACUUCACCCCUCCUAGCCUCUUGCCAGACUCCUUACACCAGGAAAGGAUCCCAGAGCUUACUCUCGCCUUGGAAUUCCUCCUAGCUCCAGGAGGCCUCCCUCCUCCCAGGGGAGCAACUGCAGAUUCCUUUACCUGCAAGCUGCCUGCUGCUUUCAGCCUCUUGGUUUUUUAGUGCUGGUCCAGUCCUCCCCCAAGCUGGGCUUCCCUCUCAAUUAACCCUGACCCUCCUCUCAGGUGAUGUCAGGUGACCUAAUUAGUGCCUCAGGCCCUUAUUCACCCUAUCAGGGCUGGUGUGGGGUGCACACCAUAUCACAAUAAAUGAAGUGAAUUCUUGGGUAGGGCUAGGAGGAAUCAGAAUGAGAUAUUGUGAAAAGACAUUAGGAAUCUACUGGGAUAAUAGGCACUAUGUACAUUUGUAAGAUGUUAUAUUAAAUGCUUUUAUAUCUUAGAGACUUUUCAGUUUCUGUCUUGGAGGAAAAAAUAAGGUUAUCAGAAAUUCCAAUCAUGUUUACUUUUAAAUCUAUAAAAGCAUCUUUCAGGAAUGCAGCAUGAGAUUUAAGGAUGGGGUUUUCAAAAACAUCUAAUGGACCAUCUUUCACUGACUUUUGAUAGGAGUUGGGCACCUGACUCCCUUAGGCACUUCACUGGAGGAUAAUUUGUAGGCCAUACCAGGUUGCUAAUGUCCCUUUAAUGAUUAUUAGGAGUAAAGCACUGAAAAAAAUGAUUUGGGAUUUGUACAACAUUGAUGCCUUGAGAGGUUAUUGUUUUAUAAGUAAUAUUCACAUCUCUGAUAAGUGAAAUUGAAGAAGUAGAAAGUUAAUAGAUGACUCUUAAAAUUCAAAUUUUGAAUUAUUUUUUAUUGCAAUAGCCGUGAAUGUGUUAGGGUUGCCACACUAAUGUCAAAUCCUUCCCAUAUCGCUGAUAUGAUUCGUAGAAUGUUUACAGUAUUUUGACUAUUGUGUCUUCCUUCUUUUUGAACCUACAUACCUUAACAUAUAGCCUCGUUGUCUAUGUCUGAUUAAUUUAAAUUUAGCCACAUUUUUAGAUUCUUUACCACUUGACAUCAAAUGUCUUUUUGAAAUGCUAAUAUUGGUGCCUUAUUUAAACAUACAAAAUUACCAGGCAUCUUCCAUGUUAACAACAAAAAACCAGUUAACCGUGCCAAAUUUAUCAAAUAGAGUAGCAACUCUGCUAUAUCCAGCCAACACAGCUCUACUCUGUUCUUAGUGCAGUAUCAGUCUGUCUGUAGGCCACGUCUACAAUAUUUUGAUUAUCACAGAGAGUCCCAUGAUAAGAAAAAUUGUCCAUGUCAAGGAUUUUACAAGUUUUCAACUAUUCUCAUCUGUGUGAAUUCUCCUAAUGCCUUCUAAAGCAUCAGCGUUAAUCUCCAUCUACUGGUGAGAGCUGAACUCAGUUCAGUGAAAAAGCUGCUCAGGACUCCAGUAGAGGCACCUGUUUUUUAGCUGAAUCAGUAUCUUUAUGAGCAUCCCAUUUUCCCCCCAUGAGGGAAAUAAGAGACUUUUUUGAUUUAACAUUGCACUCUCUUAUCCAUACUUAGGGACAAAGUCCUGACCUAGUCAGUUACACUGGGACUUGGAUUUCAGGUCUUCAGUUCAAUGAGCAGAGGGUUCAUCCCUCAGAACCUGUGGAUCUUAUUGGGUAUUCUGGAGUCCUGGGCCUUGUCUCAUUCCAACUGUUUUGCAGUGUGACUCCAAUGAAGCCUUUUCAUCAGAUCCCACACAGGGGGGAAGCAUGAUCUGUGGCCCCCAUUAUAGCCUUCUCAUCUCUCCAUGUGUAGAUCCCCAAUACGGUGAAAAUCCUUUGCAGAAGUCCAGGGGUGGACAGAACCAUGGAUGCCAAUCCCUGCCCUCCCUGUAUGCAUACAGAAAGAGAUCUGUACAGGAGAUGACUGAGGACAGUCUGUCAGUCACCGUGCCAUGUAUUGGGGUAUUGUCACUUCAAAAAUAGGCUUCUUUUGAAGGAAGAGUGGAGUUCGAGAAGCUGAGAAAUAAUUGUCCUGACUGAAACCUUCACAGUCACGUAGCAUUUCUGAGAGUGAUAUUGCUGAUUGGCUAAAGGUGGGAUUUUCACAAAGUCUCAGCAUUAGCUAGACUCUGCUUUCAGGGAAGUCAGUGGGCAUUUUAACAUUGACUUCAGUGGGAGCAGACUUAGACAAACACUGAGCAACUUUGAAAUCCUGCCUAACUGUUAAAUUUUUUAGAUUUCAAAAUUUGGGUUUGUAUGUCUUUCAGGCUGUAGAAUGAGUUUUUCCUAACCCCGUGUUAUUGUUAAUUAUAUAUUUCUAGGCAAAGAAAUUUUAAACCAGUUAAAUAGCCUCUAAUUUUCCAUCCACAAUUAAUUGUGGGUUCAGUUCUACAGAACAAUCAGUUGUGCAACCCUCAAAUCAUAUUGGUAAAUGUCUAUAAUCUGUUUUAUGUGCAUGUAAUUGAUUGAGGGAACAAAACUUCAUGCAGGGAAACUAGAUUCUAGGUUGAGAUCCUUUUGAAAAUGUGACCCUUUGUGUAAUAAAACUUACAUUAGUAGCCCAUUCAGGAGCAAAGAGCCUCCACAACUGCUGAUCCAUGGAAGCUUUGCCCUCCAUCCUCCCUGUCAAUACUGUUGCAAGGAUUGUGGCUGUUCCGAGGGGUUUACAUAGGGGUUUCUGUCUUAGCAGAUGCUUAUUGUCACAUAGGGCACCAUGGGCUGACUGCCCAAAAGGAAUUAGGUGGCUAAGUCUCUAGUUUUGGGAUCACUGCUAUGCCCAAAAUUCCCACUGAAACCCUGAAGGCACCUAAACCCACUGGACUCCCUAGAAGCCCACAUUUCUGCCUCUGAGCACACACAGUGCUUCCUCCCCUUGGGCAACUGGACACCUAUUUCCUGUGUAAGCCCCAGAAUGAUGCACAAACCAGGAGAAAACAAGCUUUCAGUGUUGACCUUGCCUGAGGGGUAUAAUCCAGUAGGCAUGCUCAAGGGCUGCCCACUGAAUCAGGCCCCCAUAGAUGAGUUUAUACAGAACAGUCAGAGGAAGCAGAGGAAAAGGACCUCUCUUGUAUCUUUUAGCACAGUGGUUAGGGUACUGCCCAGGGAGGUGGGAGAAGGGGUUUGAACAGGGAUCUGCCACCUGUCAGGUGAACGCUUUAAUCAUGUGCCUGUGGGAUUUCAGCGGGCCUGGGGGUUUCAACCAGAAUAAUUUGGUGAAGUUAUGCAAAUUUAUUAAACGUUUUGGUGUCGCUGAAUCUGCAUUUUUCACCAAAACAAGUUUAGGUUGAAAACUUUUGCCCAGCUGUAGUUGAGAUGAAAAGUUCAAAGUAUGAACUAUAGCCCAGGUUUUACUAUAGUGAAAUGUGCUCAACAGAAGCUAGUUUGUAUAUUACUUAGGUCACUUUUAAAAGGAUUCACAUUUAAAAUCCACUAACAGUAUUAGCCCUGGAACAAUAGAAGUGGAAUUCAAGUAAAUUGACAUUUGAUUCUGAUUGUUUGUUUAAAAUGCUGUUAUGUUUCUGUUAAAGUAAGGGAGCUACUUGGAUGUGGAGAGACACGUAUUGACUUUCAAAAAAUUACUGGAUUUUGUGCAAUAUUUUUCCUUUUCUUUUUUUUGAAGUAAUUUAGUUCCAGCAAAUAUGCACAUCUGCUUUUCAAGCAGAUCCUUGAGAUCAUAUUUUUGGAACUGUAUAAAAUUACAUGUAGCAUUUUAAUAUGGUUGUAUGAUAAAAAUAUAACAGUAUGUUGUCACCUGGCAAAUAUGCAUCUCCAAAUGUGACUGGAAAUGAUUGUGUUUUGUACUAUAGUAAUAGACAUGGUUUCAGCAGUGAUUAAUAAACAAGUCAGCAAAAGUAAUAAUGUCUGUCUUCUACUCACAGUAUGUUACAAGAACAUAGUGGGAGUAAUUUCUGUUUAGACAUUUAGAACUUCUGAUGCUUAGUUUAUCACUUGAUUUUUUUUAACAAGUUAAGCAUCUAUUCUCAAUUUAAUCAAUACAAUCAAUGCUAGAUAAUACUUUAUGGUGGUUACUGUAUGUAUAUCCAGAUUCUAGUUUGUGACAGCCUUAUUUGUGAUAAAUCAUUGCUUAAAUCAAUUGUUGCCAGUACCUUUUAAUUUUUUGUAAAUUAAAUUAUAUAUUGAUGUACAUUUUGCUUUAACCUUCAAACUUCUGUCGAGAACUGGUUUAAAUUAAUUUACUUGAAUGGGGUGAUAAAGCACUGUGGAAUAGUUAGUUUUGGAUGCAACACACAAACAAGCAUAUAUUGUGUUAAUUCACCAUUAUGGUAGGAGAAGAUAAGUAAAAAUGUUUCAUUUGUUCAAGGAAAUAACUGUUUCUUUAGAUCUGUGUCUGAAAGAGAGAAGGAAAAAGCAUCAGCAUUGAACAGAGAGUAAUAACCUAUCUUGACAUUAUUCCUAACUUUUUUCAGAGCUUUUUUUAGCCAUCUUCGGAAAAAGUCUUUCUAAAGCUCUUAUGGGCCAGUAGGGACAUCUUUAAUUACUUACAGGAAAGUCAUGAAGUACAGGAUGUUUUGAGAUGCAAUGCUUUUAUUGAUCCUUUUAAUAAUCACAGAGGUAUUUAAAUAAAUUGUUAACACUGUGGUCUAGCAUGUUUAUAAAUAGGAUCAGCCACUGGCUUUUAUUAAAACUGCCACCAAAUUUAGGACUUUACUCUGUAUUGUCGCACAUUUUAGCCUACAGUAUGAAGUCAUCUCCAGAAUUACAGACCAGACCUUAAGACUACUACCAGUAGCACACUGUGUAUGUACAAUAAAUUGUGUUUUUUCCAAGUUAUAAUGUCAGUGCAAAGUUUUUGGUGAACUCCACAUUACCAUGAAGUGCCCCACAUUGUGUUAUAAAAUAAAAUUUACCAAAAUCA